AUGAGUGGCGUCUCAGACAAGGCCAUAAUCAACGGUGACAUACCGCGUGACGGCACUGCCGCAGAAGAUCAAGAAGCCCGAGAACGUGAGAACGGCCGCGUCGAAUCCUUUUUGGAAGACAACAACGGGCCCGUACCUCUAUUCGGCCAGGACGCCACAACUGUCGGCCAGCGUCAUGCCGAAAAGGCUGCCAUGAUCAACGAAGUCGUCGCCAAUGCCGAUAGAUAG